UUUUGGCUGUUGUUGUUCUGUUGAUGAUCGGUUGAUGUCUUUGGCCGUUGAUGGUCCGAGUUCCAGUAAUAUUAUGGAUAACGACAAGGGCGCUGCUGAGAAGAAGAGUCAUGAGGGUGACGAGGAUGAUGAUAAUGAUCAGGAUGAGAGCAGUUUGCAAUUGGGUCCUCAGUAUUCUCUCAGGGAACAGCUUGAGAAAGAUAAGGAUGAUGAGAGCUUAAGGAAAUGGAAAGAACAACUUCUUGGUGGUGUGGAUAUUAACAACAUUGGAGAAACACUUGAACCAGAAGUGAAGUUCCUAAGUGUGGCAAUCGUGGCUCCCGACAGGGAAGACAUAGUUCUUGCAAUCCCCGAAGAUGGGAAGCCCCCUGGUUUAUGGUUCACACUGAAAGAGGCGAGUCAUUAUCGCCUCAAAUUCUCUUUCCAAGUCAGCAACAACAUCGUAUCUGGUCUCAGGUACACCAACACUGUCUGGAAAACUGGUGUCAAAGUCUACAGCACGAAAGAGAUGAUCGGAACUUUUAGUCCUCAGUUGGAGCCUUACACACAUGAAAUGCCUGAAGAGACUGCCCCUUCUGGGUUCUUGGCUAGAGGAUCAUACACUGCUAAAUCAAAGUUCCUUGAUGAUGAUAACAAGUGCUACUUGGAGAUCAACUACACAUUUGCUAUCCGAAAGGACUGGGGUUCUGCUGAAUAGAUCAGAACAGCAUUU